UAGCGACCAUUGCUAGGAAGCGACGUUUACCACAGUCGAGCGGCGAGGCGCUGAACAGCACAAACCUCCUGUCAUGCUUUAGGAGCAGCACACACACAGAUACACAUGUUAGCCGGACUGAACUGAGCCCAGCCCCACCUCUGGACUGCGAUCGGAUCGCAUCAGAUCCGUCCGAUCAUCAUCAGGGCUCCUUAAACUAACAGUCUCAGCGACAGACAGACAAGCACACGAGUUAUGGACACCAGACUGCCCUCCAGCUAGCUAACUGCUAUCGGAGCCCGAAACAUGCACUAGACAGGCGUUGUGUAAGAAGAACGUUUCCUGUUUUUGCUGGAGUGACAUUGGUGUCACAUCUGGCCAUCAGUGGUCGAAGAUGCAGACCUUUCUGAGAUGCAGGCGUGUGGGCUAUUGGCUCAGCGAGAAGAAGAUGAAGAAACUCAAUUUCUUGGCAUUUGCAGAGAUGUGCAGAAAAAGAGGGAUAGAAGUGGUUCAGCUUGACUUGAGCCAGCCGUUAGAAGAUCAGGGUCCAUUGGAUGUCAUCAUUCAUAAGCUAACAGACCUGAUCCUGGAGGCGGACCAGAACGACACUCAGUCCCUCCUGCUGGUCCAGCGGGUGCAGGAUUAUAUUGACGCUCACCCAGAGACCAUCAUUCUGGACCCACUUCCAGCCAUCAGAACUCUGCUGGAUCGUUGCAAGUCUUACCAGCUGGUCCACCGGAUAGAGGACCGCAUGAGAGAUGACCGGAUAUGUUCUCCUCCGUUUAUGGUGCUGAACAGUGAGUGUGGGCCAGACACACUGGAGCAGAUCGAGCAGCACGGUCUUACAUUUCCCUUCAUUUGCAAAACACGUGUUGCUCACGGAACGAACUCCCAUGAGAUGGCUAUAAUUUUCAGUGCUGAGGACCUAAAGGAUGUAAAGCCCCCUUGUGUUAUUCAGAGUUUCAUAAACCACAACGCUGUGCUCUAUAAGGUGUUUGUGGUCGGGGAGUCGUACACUUUGGUGGAGAGACCAUCGCUGAAAAACUUCCCCUCUGGACCAUCCGACAGAAAAGCAAUUUUCUUCAAUAGCCACAACGUGUCCAAGCCCGAGUCAUCGUCUGACCUCACAUCUAGAGACAACGUGGAAGGUGUAUCUCAGCCACCUAAUAAUGAUGUCAUCAGGGAGCUGUGUAAAUCCCUGCGGGAAUCUCUUGGGGUUUCGCUUUUUGGCAUUGAUAUUAUCAUUAACAACCAGACGGGCCAACACGCAGUCAUUGACAUCAAUGCAUUCCCUGGAUAUGAGGGUGUUCCUCAGUUCUUCGAUGACCUCCUGAACCACAUCAUCAGCGUCCUUCAAGACCACUCUUCCAGUGACCCAUUAGGUCUGCCUCCUUCCACCCUCCAAUCCACUUUAGGUGCCCCAUCCCAGGAGUGCUGCAGUGUGCUGGCCAAGGAGUCGGACAGCAGCCCCUGGAUUGUGGAGGGGGAGGGUGGUCUGAAGGGCCCCUGUCAGAGACUGGGCUGCAACACGGCCAUGUCCCCCAACUUCCAGCAGCAUUGUGUGUCCACAAUAGCCACUAAAGCAUCGUCGCAAUGACUGCCCCUGAGCCCCCAGCCUUUCCUUGAACAAAUUGUGAAGACAAAGUGAAUAAUAUACAAUAACAAUAAUAACUAUAAUAUAUCUGUAAUCAGAAAUAAACUAUAAUGGGAAUAAUUGUAA